AUGGCGGACGAAAGUAUGGAAGUAGAGACAACCACAACAAGCUCUGAAAAAUCAAAAGACGCAGCGAUGGAGAUAGAUAUUCCACAGAAAGAAAAAGUACAAGCUAAAGGAUCAUCUGGUGCAAGCACUAGCUCCGGAAAACAAUCGAAAGGUUUUGAACUCCCAUGGUAAGCGAACGUGCAUGUCUGUGCAAUCUAUGAGUAUGAUCAUAUUAUUAUUCUUUGAAUGAAAUCUUGCUUGUUUGUUCGUUAUUUGGAGAUUUUAUUCUUUAUACUUUUUUCACGCGAAAUAUUUUUAAAGAUUUAGCCGACAAACUUACCCAGUCGCCUGUACUUUUUGGAAAACUGUUUAAUCCCUUCAUUUGUGAGGCUUUGUAGUCUUUGUAAAGAACAAACUAGUAAGCUCAUGCUUCGAAUUUAACUUGUAAUUUGCUAUGUUUUGAUUCCGAUCCUCGACGUAGAAAGGAAAGAAUAUUUCACAUAAAUUGUGUGGUUGACCAGAUUUUGAAAUCUCUAAUGUUGAGUUUAGUUACUUCUGGGAGUGAAAGGGUUAAAGGUUUUAAAGCAUGUGUUGGCAAAGAAGAGCCUCCUGCGAAGGCUAAGGCCCGGUUCAGACGUCGAACUUGACAUGUGCCAAACCUAAUUCCUAUUUAGAGGCCCUACCAGGGUAAAUUCCGACAAGCGACAUGGCCCAAAAAGUAGCGACAGCGUUUAAAAUGAAAUCACGACAAGAGACAACCUCCCUCGGCCAAAUUGUGACAGUGACAGCAAAGCCGAGAAUAAGCGACAAGCAUUUAUAAACUCCAACGCUAGACGUUUUAAAAUUCAGACGGGCGACGUGGGACCCCCAUGGCAGGGCCUCUAUUUAGGUCGACCCAAACUAUUAAUUUUGACUGUUAAUUCAGACGGUCGAACUUAACAUGUGCCGAACCUAAUUCAUUGGGAAAAGAAAUAUCAUCUUUACUUCUUAAAAUAAGGAAAUGAACUGAAAAAAGUAAAAUUCAUCAAGCCUGGAAAUUCUUGUUUUGAUUUUGGCGUGAUUUGUGGCCUGUUAUGGCAAGGAGACAGCCGAGGAGAUCGUGAUCUUGAUAUUUGGACAAAAUAAAGUAAUGCCAUAAAUUUUAAAAUACAUUACGAUUUUUUUUGGAUAUAAAGAAAAGCAACUUUUUAGAAGACUUUGAACCUGCCCAGUCUCAGUCUAAAAAACUACAACGUGAAUGCUGGUAAUCAUCGUUACGCUUCCGUGAGUUCGUGAUUGCAAAGGCGCAAAAACCUCUAAAUAGCCAAGCAGAAGUGCGGUUAUAUUGAAAAAUAUGUUAACAUAACUUAUGCAUUAGGUUUUGCACAUGUGAAGUUCUACGUAUGAAUCAAAGUCGAUCUUUUGCCGUUUUAUUCGACAAGCUCAGUAAAAUAGAACGGCAGAGUCAACCCAAAUACAAAAGUGCCAUUCCUAAUAGAUUCAUACGUCGAACUUUACAUGUACGAACANGUGACAGCAAAGCCGAGAAUAAGCGACAAGCAUUUAUAAACUCCAACGCUAGACGUUUUAAAAUUCAGACGGGCGACGUGGGACCCCCAUGGCAGGGCCUCUAUUUAGGUCGACCCAAACUAUUAAUUUUGACUGUUAAUUCAGACGGUCGAACUUAACAUGUGCCGAACCUAAUUCAUUGGGAAAAGAAAUAUCAUCUUUACUUCUUAAAAUAAGGAAAUGAACUGAAAAAAGUAAAAUUCAUCAAGCCUGGAAAUUCUUGUUUUGAUUUUGGCGUGAUUUGUGGCCUGUUAUGGCAAGGAGACAGCCGAGGAGAUCGUGAUCUUGAUAUUUGGACAAAAUAAAGUAAUGCCAUAAAUUUUAAAAUACAUUACGAUUUUUUUUGGAUAUAAAGAAAAGCAACUUUUUAGAAGACUUUGAACCUGCCCAGUCUCAGUCUAAAAAACUACAACGUGAAUGCUGGUAAUCAUCGUUACGCUUCCGUGAGUUCGUGAUUGCAAAGGCGCAAAAACCUCUAAAUAGCCAAGCAGAAGUGCGGUUAUAUUGAAAAAUAUGUUAACAUAACUUAUGCAUUAGGUUUUGCACAUGUGAAGUUCUACGUAUGAAUCAAAGUCGAUCUUUUGCCGUUUUAUUCGACAAGCUCAGUAAAAUAGAACGGCAGAGUCAACCCAAAUACAAAAGUGCCAUUCCUAAUAGAUUCAUACGUCGAACUUUACAUGUACGAACAGUGCCAAACCUAAUAAUUAAUUAGGUUUGGCACAUGUAAAGUUCGACGUUUGAACCAGGCCUAAGAGAGUUUUUUAUAUAAUUAUUAGUAUACACAGUUUGACUGAUCACUUUAGCAGACAGCAUCUUAUUUUGCAGACCACUAAAUUCAAAAGAUUGUUUUGGACACUAUUCGUGAAAGCAAAACAUUGUUAAAACAGUUUGUUUCAUGUAGUUUUUUUAAAGACUCAAAGCCAUGAUUUUGGAGGAUUUGAUGCACAUUGAUCAUCAAUGGCUGUUCUGCCUGCAUAUAGAGUGAAAUCUUUGAUAGCCUCUCAGUCUUUACUUAAACCCCAAGAUAUAAUAAACAGAAAGUAGGAUAGAAGAAUUCUCCUUUUUUCUGACCAAUUUCCUUUUCUUGGUUGAUGUUGUGAGUUACAGAAACUCUUUCUUCCGCUUGAAUUUGUGGCUCAUGCACUUCACGUUUGGGCCAUACGUGUAGAACUGUGAUUUUCAGGGGAAAAAGCUUAAUCCCAACUCACAGUUAGUACAGAUCCUUAACUCUGCCAACUUUUGAGCUAUGUGCACGUCAUAAGAGCAUACACCAUGAUGAUUGCUAUACUCUGUUCUCUGUCAGGGUUGAGAAAUACAGACCAACUAAACUUCAUGAAAUUGUCGGAAAUGAGGAGACUGUCAGCCGUUUAGAGGUAGUGGUCGCGCAGUAAAUGUCAUGUUGUUGUGGUGGUUAGUUUGUUUAAUGCUCAUUUUGCUCAUAAUAUUAGCUGCUUCAAUUUUUUAUCCCUCUGUUGUUACAUUUCUCUUGUGGUUCAUGCAUGCACAGCUGUACCACAUCACAUGAUAUGCAACAUUCCACAGUCUUUUUACUUAAAAAUUGAAAUGAUUGCGUACUCUUCUUGUUUUAGGUUUUUGCUGAGCAAGGAAAUGUUCCAAACAUUAUUAUUGCUGUAAGUAAAACAUUCUGUCAGAAAGAAGGAAUUUUGCACUUAGAUGUAUCACACAAAAAAUAAUGAAUGUAGCACAAUAAUGCCUUUGUCUAUUAUUCAACUCACCUACUGUAAGGGAGAAAACAGGAUGAAGACUUAGAAGUACAUGUAUUAGGAUGUUUGGUUUUGGCUAUAAAAAAGUCACACAAUAUCUGUUUCAAGAAGUGGAAGAGCUGAUGAAAAAGUGAUUGAGAGUUGAGGACUGACAAUUGUCGUAGUCUUUGAAACACUGGAGCUGGAUUUUAUGUUUCUAAAACGUAUUUUAAAAAAGCUUCUUUAUAUCAAGGGAGUUGAUAAAUUUAAUUUUCAGGGUCCUCCUGGUACAGGAAAAACAACAAGUAUCCUAUGUCUGGCCAGAGCUCUACUUGGUACAUCUUUUAAAGAUGCUGUUCUUGAAUUGAAUGCAUCUAAUGACAGGUAUGUGUACCAGAUGAAAGGGCCUUGUACAUUGUAGGAAGGUCUCAGAUGAAAAAAAGAAUUCUUUUAAGGGGAGCUUCAAUAUAAAGAGUGUUCCGUUAGAGAUGCCUCCACAUCAGGGUCACUUUCUCUGCUCCAGUUUCUAGCCAUCACCUUCGUGAGGGAGUACAUGUACAGUGACAUCUCCUGGAACAACCCAAAACGAGGUGUGAUGGCUCCUAAUAAGGGUCCUUCUUGUUUUGCUAUAGCCUGGGACUCUGCAGUGGUGGAAAAAAGGCAAAAAAAAAAUUACCGAGGGAAGUGCGCCAAGCGGGAGUCUGGCAAGGGGAAAGGGCGGCAGCCAAGUUUUCCCCUCUCCAGUCCCCCCGUGUGGCUCACUUUGCUCACCAGUUUUUAUUUUUUUGCUGUUUCACUCUGUUUUUUGCCUCUUUCCCCCACUACGAUGACUGGUCUCAGGCUAUUUCUGCUACAAGUACUAGGUGUUGCAAUACCGUGGUACCCAUAAGUCUCCUUGUUUACUGGUCAACAACACUGAAGGAAGGCAAGUUCUGGGGUGGGGAAACAUGGCUUCUGUGUAGCAUUCUGACAAAAAUGGAUACUCAAAUUACAAAAUCAGAAUUCCACCAUCAAAGGUUAAGAUUUUUCCCUUUUUUUUAGGUGAAGGAGCUUGAUUCUAACCUAAACUAUUCUUUGGUUGGAUUUAGGAUUAACACAAAUUUGUCAUUAACAGUAAAUCAUCAAUCUUGAAAUCAGCCUUAGUCCAUAAGGAAUUGUAAUUUUCACAAAUUUUCUUCUGACAUUAUUGCAGAGGAAUUGAUGUGGUACGUAACAAGAUCAAGAUGUUUGCUCAACAGAAAGUAACUUUACCAAAAGGCAGACACAAAAUAAUAAUUUUGGAUGAGGCAGACAGGUUUGUUUCGAUAAGGUCAUUUAACGGUUGUCUUUAUUCUUAAUGUAAGUUUUAGUAUUAAUUACUCAAAUUUGAAAUUCAUAUGAAUUUUCAGAUGUAAAAUUUAGAAAGAGUUUAGAAAGAGGUACUUUGAUAUGAAUGGUAACACCAUACGAUUUCAUCCAGAAUUUUUAAUCUGAGAACUAGCCAAUAUGGAAAUUAUUGACGUAACAUACCAAGUAUGAGACACAGUGUUUCAUCACGAGAUGAAACACUGAGAAGAGAGUUGAAAAUAUGACUGCAGCAGAGUAUUUUUGACGAACUUCGAAGUGUUUCCUCUGGUGAUAAAACACUGUGUCGAAUGCUUGAUUUUACUUCUCAAACAAAAUUAUUUUAGAAGGAGAAAUUAAGGAUGCAAAAAUGAGCAGUUUUUCAUCUGAUUUCCAAACACUCAUUAAACUUUAUAUCCUUUGUAUUUUCUUUAUGAAGUAUUAAUGAGUUUGAGAAUAUUCAGUGAAACAAUAGUAUUAACUGCCAGUUGCUCUUGUCUAUGUGUAGAGAAUGAACUGGUAAGUGCAGAUUUUGAAUUUAGUUCAAUAAUUAAGAGCUACUCUGUUUUUUUGUGUUAGCAUGACAGAUGGAGCACAGCAGGCACUUAGAAGAACAAUGGAAAUCUAUUCCAAAACCACACGGUUUGCAUUAGCUUGCAAUACUUCAGAUAAAAUUAUUGGUGAGUACUUUGGCUGUUUUCCCCUCCACCUCCAUUCCUACCCCCAAAUAACGGAGUAGUGGCCAAGUCAGUAUGUUGUCAAUACUUCACAGGAGGUUCAAAGUUUUACUAUCUGAAGAAACAAUCAAAUUCCAAAAUAGAAUUAACCCUUUAAUUCCUAAGAAUGGCAACCUUAAUUUUUUCCCAACAAUAUCCAUACAUCAUCAAGAUAAACAGGUAUGAGAAUUAAUAAAAUGAUCACCAAAAGGAAAAUUCUUCAAUCAUUUAUCCAAUUUUCUGAACUAAUUCUCAGAGGUCUGUCUGGAGAAUUUUUAUGUGGAUAUUAAAUUUUACGGUGGAUAAAGGGUUAAUACUGUGCCUAAUGCCAAAUAAGGGUAAUCAGUAUAAAUUAUGUGCUUAGUUGUGCAUUUUUGCAAUUUAUAUUCUCGUUUGUGCAAAAACAAUGAAAGUGAUAAAUAAAUAAAUAACCUUAUUGCAAUUUAUGCUGUAUGCCUCAUAUAUCUUUGAGUUAAAAACCAGGAAUAAGCAUAUUCCAUAUUAUUUUGUUAUAAUAUUUACCAAAGUCAGUGAAGCAUUACUGAUUUCUUUUCCUUCAGUUUUCAUUUCCACAGAAACUCAUCAUGGAUUGUUUUACUUUUUCAAAGGCUGCUUUGAGCUUUUACAAGUGAUACCAGUAUAAUGAAAAGAUAUUUGACAUUUUUUUUUUAAUAUUUUAAUCAGAGGCAAUCCAAUCAAGAUGUGCUGUUUUGAGGUACUCAAGAUUAACAGAUGCUCAGGUGUUACACAGGUUGUUAGAAGUUUGUGAAAAAGAAGAGGUGAGAACUGUUUUUGUAUAACGUCAGUGCCAUUUCUUUGGUAUUUUUCAUCUUGAAUUGCAAACUAAAUAUAGUUUUUUUUCUUCCUGGGACAAAAAACGUACACAGCUUGUCAAGAUGGGUGUGUAAUUUUGUAAUCUAUUUUGACAACAAAGUGAUUGAUUUUUCCGCUGCUAGGUUGCCAAAACAGAUGAUGGUAUGGAGGCGAUCGUGUUCACAGCUCAAGGGGAUAUGAGACAGGUGAGACAGAUGAACAAACAGGAAAGUAAACAGAGAAUAACCUAGAAAAAAAGGGACACAAGUUACGCGUUUGUCUUGAAAUCCAAUUUCCUUGAAAUGAGCUCUAACUUACACAAAGUGCACAAAUUAAGCUUGAAAGAAACUUGGUUCCUUAGUUGUUUUCAAAGGAAGUAACUUAAACACAAGGACCAGGGUCUGCUGGACAUGAUGAGAGAUGAGCGAGCUAGAACAAUAGAUUGACAAAUUGACAUUUUGACAGGUCUAAGAAAUAGCAACAGAAAACCAGUCAGGGUUUUUCCCAUCUCAGUUACAGAUUUAAAGCAAUAGUAAUUUCCUUAUUCUUGACAAACAGACCUUUCCCCUCGAAGGUACUUAAAGUAGAGCACUAACUUUCAACAGCGUCUGUGGCAAAUUUGAGUUAAUUUGGAGGAUGGUGGAUUUGGAGGCAAGAAAAACGUCACACCUACAUGACUACAUUUUUUCAUGUUUGUAUUAUAUAGAAAGAGAGUACUUCUGUUCUUUAUUAUCUCGCCUUUAAAGUCUUGCUUCUGGUCAUUCUUCACUGGAGCAAUUAUCAGUUCAAGUUCAAGUUUUCCGAUAAAGUAAUGUAUUACUUUCUAAUUUGUUCCCUCAGGCCAUAAAUAACCUUCAGUCAACAUUCUACGGAUUUGGAUUUGUCAAUAGUGAAAACGUCUUUAAGGUAAGACUGAAAUGUUCUGAAUAUUACAUGUUGGUCGGGUCCUUCAAAUUGUUAGGGUUAUGCUGCAUGAAGGUUUCCCUUUGAGAGCCACGAGUGGCAAAGGCAUCACGCGCAAGUAGCAAGCGGUGCGCGAGAGCAGCCCCAAUCAGGGCGGAUAAAGGUUGGGCGGUGAAACGAGCGCGUCCGAGCAAAAAGGUGUGAUGCAGUGGACUGGGACUCUGCUUAGAAAUGUCGCUUGUUUUCGACUUCGGUCAGGGCUUGCGAUAUGGUUUGUACAUUAGACACUGCCGCUGUCACUGAAUUAUGGCAGCUUGAUUUGUUUUCUUGCACUUCUUCCUCGUUCCUUUGUGCUGGUACGCUGUCUCCGAGAGGCAAAUGUUGCUAUUUUUGCGGGAGGUUUAGUUGGAGUAGACAAACAUCUUUUUCAAAGAGUUUCUUAUUACUUCCAUGACUCUACAACUGAAUUAUAUUUUCGUUCUGCUACUCGCCAAUGUCGAUGUUAUUCCAAAACAAAAACAACUAAGUACUGUCUAAAACACGAAGGAAAAUCUCAUCCAUGUCAUCCAUGGCAAAACUAAAAGACAGCAGUAGAUGACGUGUAUUUUAUAAAUGCGUGCAGCUCGUGCAAGGCGAAAUUAUGCUAAUUUCAAUUACCAUCAUCCUUCAUUUUAAUUUUGAAAAAAACAUCUCAUACGUCUUUCUGUUUCUUCGAAACUUCAAAAUUAGUUUCCCAUCAGUUUUUACUGUUUACCUUGUUUUGUUUUAGAGAGAAAAACGGAGAAAAAACCUUACAACUAACCUCAACAAAUUUUGUUUACAUGCGGUUGCCGGAUUUGCAACGCAUUGCGCGAAUCGCCAUGGCGCGUUGCACCCGAGAAGCAAAGUUUGAAGAAGUACACCGCCACUAUAUCAAUAUAUAUCAAUGUAAUUUUUUGUUAUGUUAUAUAAAAUUUAUCCUUCUUUAACAUAUGUAAAAAUUGAGGUUAAGAAGUGUUAAGCUUUUGCAAACGAAACGGUGAAAGACCAUUAGGUUAUAUUUAGUGGAAGGGGGAGGUAUUCAACACUUUCAAAUAAAACUCAAAUUUUGGCAUUAUACGACCAACAAGUUUGACUUAUAGACGUACAGACACAAACAUAUGAAACUGUUUAUUGAUAUUGUUAUGAAACGAAUUUAUCUAUUUAACAUUGUAGCCUGAAAUUACAGAAAGAAAAUAGGAUUUCCGGUUUGCAAAAAGGAAAAUUUCGCCGGCCUUCAAGCGCACCGGAAGCGCGGAAAGAGCGCUCGUGCCAGUCCUACUCCGCAUCACACAUUAAAUGAAGAGCGGAGCGCUCGUUUCACCGCCCAACAUUUAUCCGCCCUGGCCCCAAUACUUCACAGAUCGCUCGCGCGCAGAGGAGGUUAAACAGCCGUCUGGCUCGCGCGUGACCUUCUCUCUUUGAGGAGGGCGUUGCGUGACGACCCAAAUUACGACUGCGUAGGAGACAAGUAGGCCAUUUUCGAGUUGCCCCAGGCCUCAGUUUCAAAGCGAGGCUCAGUGCAAAACCAUUGAAUCGAUAUGAAAAUGAUUUUUUAUUCGCACGCAAAUUUCACAAGAAAGGUUUUGCUCUUUGCCUCGUUUAAAAAGUGGAACUCGAAAAUGGCCUGUUGCUUUCAGGGUAGCCACGGUCCUGUUUUGUUUUUGUAGGUUUGUGACGAGCCCCACCCUCUUCUCAUUCGGGAAAUGAUUAAAUCAUGCACCAGCGGUAAUGUAGACGAAGCUUAUAAGGUUCUUGCACAUCUCUGGUACAUGGGUUACGCUGCUGAGGACAUCAUAACGAAUAUCUUCCGCGUUUGCAAAAAUUACGAUAUGUCAGAGUACCUCAAGCUAGAAUUCAUCAAGGUAAGUUUUUUUUCAACAGAAGGCGACCCUCCGUAGUUUUAAAGUUAACUCAAGAACAUAGCCAAAAUGGCCACGAAAACUUGAACGAGUUUUAAACUUUUUAUAUAUGUAUAUAUAUGGCUUAGGGAAAAUUGCGCAAAAUUUUCUAAUGGAAACUAUGAUUCUUCAAAAUUGAAGCCAUUUUAUCAGAUCCCAGUGCUCUGGGCUCACAACGUUUUUUUCAAAGUCACUUUUUGGCGACCUUAAAUAAAAUGGUUUCUAGACAAAAUAUUGGUCGCCAGAAAAGAAAAACAAAACAAAAAAUAGCAACAACAAACCACUUUGUGCAAUAUUUACGUGGAUAGUUCAACAGAAAAUAUCAAAUUGGCUGCCCAAACAUUGCAAUCCAAUUUGGAGGCACACGCAACAUCUCAAGGCUUAAAAUACUUGGACAGCCAGUGUAGGAUAAUAUCUAAUAUCACUAUCUAUGAUAAUAUCUCGUUCUUAUGUUUCUUAAUCUCACUGUAACUUUAGAAUGACCAUAAACUCGAACUAAUAGAAAGUUCCUUGGGAUAUAACAGUCCCCCCACCCUGAAUAAGCUCCGAACGCAGGGAGCACACACUCAUCAAAAGAGUAUUUUCGUGCAUUGACUAGACUGUUUGCAGUCUACCUAUAGUUCUCAUCCCAACCAGCGCGGGUUACAUGUGGAGUUGGAGUAACUUUGAAAAUUCUUCUCUCAGUCUACGCAUUGACUAUUUGCGUAAACCUCAUUCGGCGCGCAGAUUAAACUAACUAAUUAUACGGUAAAACAACAGAAACCAAACAACGAAAGAACGAGUGCAACAAUCAGAAAGCAACUUAUUUGAUGUCGUCUUGCAGGAAAUUGGAUACACACACAUGAGAAUAGUGGAAGGAGUUAAUAGCUUGCUACAGUUGUCAGGGUUAGUAGCCCGGAUGUGUAGUAAGGUGACGUCACAAGGCAGCUAAAAAGCAGGACGUGCUUAGAAGGGAAAGAGAAAAAUGAGGUCUGACGGCGAUAUGCGGGUGGUACACCAAGUACGGCCCAAUCAGUUUUUUUUGAGUUGUUAUGUAGUGUUAUCA